CAGCGCCAGCACCGCCCCGCGUCCUGCCCCAUAAAUAGCGGGCGGCCGGCGUUGGUCGGCACCGCUGCCAGCCCCACUGGACGGAGCCGAACCUCUCCAAGCUAGAGUGAGCUAAGCCGAGCCGAGCCGAGCCAUGGACCCCCAGGACUGCACGUGUGCCGCCGGUGACUCCUGCUCCUGCGCCGGGUCCUGCAAGUGCAAGAACUGCCGCUGCCAGAGCUGCCGCAAGAGCUGCUGCUCCUGCUGCCCCGCGAGCUGCAGCAACUGCGCCAAGGGCUGCGUGUGCAAGGAGCCGACCAGCAGCAAGUGCAGCUGCUGCCACUGAGCCACUCGUCUCUGCCUGUAAAUAGUCGGCACGCUUCGGUGAUGGGGGGUGGGGGGCACAGAAAAGCCUAUUUUUUUGUUAUUCAUGUUUUGUAUUUUCUGUACCAGUGGUGAAACUGGAUGGAAAUAAAGGAGUUUGUCUGGA